GCAACACAUCCGCGCAACACAUCGCCGCGUAACCACCAAUUGACCCAACAAUUCCCCCAACACCGACCUCACAUGACUGGAUAGCUUGACUGCUGUUCCAACAAUGAGGUCCUCCCUCUUUACCAGCUGCAUAGCAGCGCUCUCGAGCUUGGCCAGCGCCGAACUCAACCUCUCCCAGCCGCUGCUAUCCAAGCAGGUGCUGCCCACCACCUUCACACCGCCGCAAGUCUUCAAGAAUGCAAACCUGGUCCGCACCACCAACCUGGACAAGGCGUAUCCGAGGGAGACCAUCAACGUCAUAAUCGAGAACAUUGACGACAAGGCGCAAUCGGAAUACUACCUGCCAUUCGAGUCGAGCCUGCUGUCCAAGGUUGGCGGCUUCGAAGUAAGAGACAAGAAGGCGGCCGAGAAGGGCAUCUUCAAGGUCGACGUCGUGGGCUUUGACACGGAGAGUUCCGUCGAGUUCUACAAGAUCCAUCUGCCAGAGCCCCUCGCACCCAAGGCCCAGCAGACCAUCACCAUCUCCUACUCCAUUCUCUCGGCUCUGAAGCCCGUCCCCGCCCAGCUCGCCCAGACAGACAAGCAGUAUCUGCAGUACGACUUCAGCGCAUACGCCCCCUCGGCCUAUCUUACCGAGAAGCAGCGAACCAAGGUCAAGUUCCCCAACAGCGACGUGCCAGACUACACCACCCUCCCCGCCGAGCUCAACGACGAGCAGACGCCCGACCCGCAGAAGCAAGGCUCCACCUUCACCUACGGUCUCUACAACAACGUGCCUGCCGGUGCCCAGCAACUUGUGAGCGUGCGCUACGAGUUCACCAAGCCCCUCACACAUGCCACGCUGCUGGAGCGCGACAUCGAGGUCUCACACUGGGGCGGCAACCUGGCAGCCGAGGAGCGCUACUGGCUCGUCAACCAAGGCGCAGGCCUCAAGAACCACUUCUCGCGCGUAGAAUGGCAACGCCAGUCCUACCUCAACCCACCCACCUUCGCCCUCAAGGGCCUGGCCCUGCCUCUCGCCCCCGGCUCCGUCGACCCCUACUUCACCGAUGACAUUGGCAACGUCUCCACCUCAAAGUUCCGCCCAGGCAAGAAAGAAGCACUUCUCGAGUUGAAGCCGCGAUACCCCAUCUUCGGAACCUGGAAGUACAGCUUCCGUGUUGGUUGGAACGCAGACCUCUCUUCGUAUCUGCGCAAGCUCUCUACAGGCGACACCUACGCCCUCAAAGUCCCUUUCCUCGAGGGUCCCCGUUCCGGCGAAGGCAUCUCUUACGGUCGCCUAAACCUCCGCGUUAUCCUCCCUGAAGGCGCUACCAAUGUCAAGUUCUCCACCACCGUCCCCAUCGUCCGCAACGAGACCAGCCUCCACAAGACCUUCAUGGAUACCCUGGGCCGUACGACACUGGAGCUGACGGCUAUCAACCUCGUCGAUGAGUUCAGGGAUCGCGAUCUCAUUGUCACAUACGACUACCCGUGGACAGCUGGAUACAGGAAGCCCGUGGUCAUCACACUGGGCAUGUUUGCUGUGUUUGCUGUUACAUGGGUACUGGGUAGCAUUGAUACCAGCAUUGGAAAGAAGAAGACUGCGUAGACGCAAAGCUGAGAAAGAUUCAAGUGUACAAAAUAAGAAGGGGGCAGAAGUUACGAUAUUGAUAAAAGUUCCAUAUCGAUGUAUUUGACUGCUAGAACUGGGUUCAUGGCAAGCGAGGAGUAUGUUGAUUUUUACUGAAUAACAUGUAAGAAGAAUGAAUAUGAGAUUCCGAUUUCCAGCAAUCUAGUGCAUCACACACUACUUUUCAAACUAAACAUCUUUCCCUUUGCUCCCCAACCUAGUCAAUACCUCAUCCUC